GGUAUCUUCGAUGUUAUCAUUCUCAUAUAUCAUCCCAAUCAUUACUACCAGUGGAUGCGCUUGGAAAAAGGCAUUGCUUGUAGCAAGUGUACCGCACAAAAGCCUUUGCGACUUCGACCUCAUGAUUGGGACCUUGGACGACCAGCUCACCUCGUUCGUGUCUUGGAACAGUCAAAUGCUACAGCUAAGCCGACAGCCCACCCAAAGUACCUUGCUUGAAACAAUCCCGACGAUAUUUCAAGUCUUCUCUUAAGGCUGUUUUUCAGCUGCAAGCAUGAUUUCUUACAUCUCCGCUAUGAUCCUGGCAAGCACUGCACUCGCAUCAGGAGUCACGGCUGCUGUCACAGAAGCUACAAGCCCGGUUCCAGGCGUGCUCGAAGUGGACCUUAUCUUUCCUCGCAACGGUAGCUUUCAGCCUGUGGCGCAGAUGCCGGUCGUCUUCGCACUACAAAACCCAUCACUCGCAACGUCAUUAGAUGGCGAUCUAGGAUGGGAUCUCACCAACGAGCGAAAUGAUACGGUCGUUUUCUUACCCAAAUCAUAUAUCAGUCUCGACAGCUUUGUCGAAUAUGGCAAUAGCACCUCACCCUUUGCCGUUUACUAUUUGCCGUUCAACACAAGCGGAGAGGAAACAACUUGGACGUUCACCUGGGGCGUGAGCUACACCAAAUGGGAUCGUGCUUCAAACGGUUUACUCGAGAGCACUAGGAUCUCCGAUGGCAAGACCGUCGUGUUUACGACGAGCAGCAAAGAAAUGCCGCCGAACCUGCAAGCUGCCGCUUCUGAAGAUGCAUGUGCAAUGAGCAGCCAUCUCGUCUACAACGUGACCGAGAUCUUGCCGAAUCAGAGCACAUACCAAGCUGUUUUCGGUGCAACACCAACCGCAAGCCCGUGUGCUGUGUCGAUCAAUUCAGCCGCAGCUUCGAGCAUGUCUGCCUCGAUCGCCUCUCAAUGCUCCGCAAUGUCAGACCUUUGUCCGAAGACUUCUUCAGGUCGACAAUCAUAUCCUCAACCCUUGGCGGGCGUGUUUUCUUCGCUGGCCAUUACAUUUAGUGUUAUAUAUCUGUUCCCAAUUUAAAGUCAAACCAUUGUUGUGCCGAUUUUUCGAUUCGGCUAAGGCAUGACGAGCGUCGCAGCACUUGCCGCUCGCGUUUUGUGAUUCAACCUUCAAUGUGUACAAUGGUUGAUGUCAAGUCUGACGUCGCCGUAGCAGACG